AUGGGUUCUAUUCAAAAUAAUUCUUGUUGUACCUAAUUAUCAUCUAAUAAUUAGGAAAUCAAUUUAAGCAACAAAUAGGAAAAUAUGCUCUCAGCACACAGCUCCCCUAAAAACUUUUAAUAAGUCAUCUCUAAUUUUAACUAUGAAUCACAAAGAAAGAAGGAUAUUUAAUAUUCAGAAAAAGCAAUUUAGAUUCAAAAAAAUUGGAAGGGAUACAGAUAGAGGAAAAACUAUUAAAAGAGAAAACCUGGUUUUACUAUCAAUUAGGAAAAUUCGUUACAGUAAUAGCCGGUUUAAAUUAAUUCUUAAGACAGUUUAACUUUUAUAGAACUUGCAUAACCUCAAUUAUCUAGUUGUAAAUUUGAUGAAAUGGAACCACUUGAAAGUUUUGAGAUAAAAGACUUUGCAGUUUAUUAAUAUAGGGAUGGAUCAAUUUAUGCAGGGGAAAUUGUAAAUUGUAGGAGGAAUGGAAAGGGAAGAUAUUACUACAAGAAUGGCUCCAUUUAUGAAGGAGAUUGGAGGAUGAAUUAACCACAUGGUUAUGGGAGAUUCCUUCAUUAAAAUGGGGAUUUCUAUGAAGGUAAUUUCAAUGAAGGUAGAUUGGAAGGGUAUGGAGUUUAUAGAAAAAAUAAUGGGGGUGUCUUUUAAGGAGAGUGGAAAUGUGAUAAAUAAUACGGAAAAGGAAGUGAAGUGUGGGCAGAUGGAGCAAAAUAUGAAGGUGAUUAUGUGUUGGGAAAAAAACAUGGUAGAGGCACAUUUAUUUGGGCUGAUGGAUCACAUUAUGUUGGAGAGUUUGUUAAUAAUUGCAUGGAUGGAUUUGGUGAAUAUGUGAAAUCAAAUGGCAAAAAAUAUAUUGGAUAAUUUAGAGAUGAUAUGAUGCAUGGUGAAGGAGAAUUUAGUUGGCCAAAUGGGAAAAAGUAUUCAGGAUGGUAUUUUAAAAAUUAGAAAUGUGGUCUUGGAACAUUUGAAUGGCCUGAUGGUAGAAGAUAUGUUGGUUUUUGGAGUAAUGGUUUGAUGCAUGGAAGAGGAAUAAUUUUUGAAUAGAAUGGUAAACAAACUCAAGGAGAAUGGAUUAAUGGAGUUCUGUAAAAAUGA